AUGCGGGCAGAAGUUUCUUUCCUUUUGUUGGUCGCCCUGACCACUGUUUCUGGAGAUCGAUUCGAAGACAAUACAGGCCAGAUCAAGAACAAGAGACUCAAGAUAUUCGUAGAUUCCCCUUCUAUCGGGUACUCUCACAUGCAAUUCCAAGGCAGAUUGGCCGAUCUUUUGGUGGACAGAGGCCAUCUUGUAGUAGGUUUAUAAAACCUUAGAACCCAAAUUUCUCAAAAUGACUAAUAAAUAAACAACCAUUUCAGGACGUUUACAUCUCCAAUUUUAACCCAAAUGAAAGAAGGACUGGGACGUCAAAGGCCAGGGUCUUCAGAAUAAAUGCGACAACCGAGACCAGAUAUGGGGAAAUGGAUCUAUUUACAGAUCCCUUUAAUGCUGGAAGCAUCUUGUUCCAGAUGAAGAGAGCUGACCCCUACAGAAAUACUACGGCUCAAUUAUGUUACGGUAAGCAAUAAAGGAGUCACCCAUAAUUUCUCAACGCCAAAAAAACCUGUGUUCAAAAUCGUGUUUUAGACAUUGUUAAUCACCCAAGCCUCAUUGACCAGAUCAGAGCCGAGAAUUAUGAUGUGAUAAUAGCCGAGAUGUUCGAUCCCUGUAUCUUUUAUCUCGCCGAAUAUCUUCAAAUCCGGACUCGGAUUCUAAGCAGUGCCAUGCCGACUCCAGAUCUCGUGGCCCAAGCUCUGGGAAUCCCCGUUCCUCGUUCCUAUAUUCCAUGUGAGUCGUCGACUAUUCAACAUAGCAGACAGAUCAGGUUGUCACAGUUUGUUUGUGAAAAACGUAGCAUUCUUUGUGUUUGUUGGCUUACAAUUUGAAUACUAAUUGUUGCUUCCAGCUGUGUUUUCUUCAAGUGCAGAUGUCCCGAAUCUUGGCUGGAUGGAGCGAUUGUUCAACGUGAUCACAGAUUUUUAUCAUCCAAUUGUUCUUAAUGAACUCACAGAGAGAAUGGUGAGUUCCAAAUUAAAUGAGAUUUACUCGUCAUUUCAGAGAAACAUGUAUAAAGAUCGGUUUGGAGUGGACAUGGCAGAGUUCAAAGACCUGUUGAGAAAGAGUUCUUAUCUGUUUGUAAACGUCCAUGAUCAGCUAGACCAUCCACGUCCAAUAACACGUAAAGUGCAAUACAUCGGAGGAAUCGCUGUUAAGAAGCCGCAAAAAAAACAUACUCAGGUCAGUUUACAGGUAUUUUUUGUGUAAAAUUAUUGCAGGAGAUCGAGGAAAUAUUCUCAAGACCAAGUAAAGGAGUUAUUCUGUUCUCUAUGGGAAGUGUGAUCGACAGCACUUUAAUGCCCGUAUCCAUGAAAAAUGCCUUUGUGGACACUUUUGAUCACUUUAAAGACUACACCUUCUUAUGGAGAAUUAAAUUCAGCGUCAAUGAUACUCAUCGGUUUCGAAACAUCAGCAAUCUCUUUACGAUUGAUUGGAUGGAUCAGCCGACCAUCUUAGGUAAAUAAAUAAUAUUUCUGAACUUAAUCACCAAAGAUCACUUUUAGCUGACCCAAGAACAAAACUUUUCAUCACCCACUGCGGUCAAAAUAGUAUGAUGGAAGCGGCAUAUAAUGGUAAGUCUACCAGAAAAAAAUAAUAAAAUUACUUUAAAGGAGUCCCGGUCCUCGGGUUUCCACUCUGGGCAGACCAGCAUUACAACAACGCGCUACUGAUUAACAGAGGUGUCGCUUUACACCAAGAUACCCAUACAACGACAUCAGAAUCUUUGAUUCGGAAAAUUUCGACCAUUUUGAACGAUGAAAGCUACUAUCGGAAUGCCCAGAUACUUAAGAGAAAGUUAGAAGAUGAGCCUUUUAAACCGGAAGACCGUUUUAUUGGCUUGAUCGAAUAUGCGGCUCGACAUGAGGAUAAAGGAGAACUCAACCUCUAUGUCAAUGAAUUAACGUUCGUUCGCAGAAAUAAUCUGGAUAUUUACAUUCCUAUGGUUCUCAUCGCUUACCUUACUUUUUAUACAGCCAAAGUCAUGUUAUUCAGGAUUUGGAAUCAACUCUCAAACUCGGUGAUCUACAAGCAGAAAGUCGCCUAA